AUGGCAAACCAACCUUUAUUAACUCCAAAAUUGAUAAUAAAAAAUGACGAUUAUCGAUCUAUUGAAAAAGAUGUCAAAGUUGUGAAUGAACAAAAGGCUUUUAUAAAGAAGUUAUGGGGUCUUCAUGUUAACAAAUACUAUAAAGAUGGGUAUGAUCUGAAUACCUAUGUAUCUCCAGAAUGUCAACAAGAAGAAGUGGCCCUUCAGAAUCUUUUUGCGAACGUUGAUGAGUUACUUGCCUUAUCAUGUCGCAACAAUCAGACUUUGUUAUCGAGAUAUGGUUAUAUCAACAACAGAUUUGUAUUAACAUUAGAAGGUGAAUCGAAUGUACAAAACAUUACAAAUGUUAUUCAAAAGUACAUUGGAAUUGAAAAUAUCUUUAAAAUUGAAGUAGAAGUCGUACCUAAUAAAGACAUAACUCAUCAACUUACGAAACUCCACUUGAUCCUCAAGGACAUGAGAACUGUAAAAAAACUCAAAAAUUUGAUUACUCUAUUCCAUUGGAAUUUUGCGUAUGAAAGUUGUUAUGAAAAUUUGUUCAGUGAAGCUAAGCUGACUAAAAUGCAUAUGAAUCGAAAGUCACAAUUUGUGUUAGAACAAACACAAGAAAACUUGGAUUUUGUAUACACCGAUUUGUAUGAAAAGAUUGAGGAAUACGUCAAGAAUAAAAAGAUGACUGACAAGAUUAUCAAAGUAAUUUGUUUCACUGAGAACACUUUUGCAAAGAUGUUCGUAUUUAUGUUUAAACAAGACUUCGAGACAACAAUAGACGGAAUUAAAAAGGAGAUUUUAAAGAGUACAUAUUGGGUGGAAUAA